UGUGUCGGCAUGCCGACUAGUCUCCAGUCAAAGCUGACGUCAAUCUGCCUAUAAAAAGUGUGGGAGUUGAAUUCUUAGUUUCAGUCCAAGAUGGACAACUGGAGCUGGAGCCAGGAAUGGCCACUUUGGAGGAACCACGAUCCUAUAGUCUAUCAACCGCCAAACAAUCUUAACGAACAAUUCGAAUCGAACCGUAAAGAAGACAAAUGCGCCAGGAAGGAAAGGACAGCUUUUACAAAAAGUCAAAUCAAACGUCUGGAAGAAGAAUUUUCACAGUCGCACUAUUUGACUCGCCUCAGGAGAUACGAAAUUGCAGUUGAACUUAACUUGACAGAGAGGCAGACACAAAAGAUGGUGAAAUGCCGAAAGGAGUCUGACCAACCAACACAGCAAGGGUAGGCAGACCAAAAUGAUAG